UACAAAGAAUCUCCACCAUGCUGACACAGAGACGUCUUUGGUUAUUGGGUCACAUCUUGCGCUUGGAUAAGUGUCGUAUACGAAGGAAGCUUUUUGUGUGUGCAUCAACCCAAGGUAGACGUUCAGUCGGAGGCCAGAGAAUGAGAUGGAACGAUUUGGUACUGAGGGAUUUAAGGAAUUGCAAUCUUGAUGGGGUUUGGAGGAUACUAUCAGAAGAUAGGAAUGAGUGGAGGAAUCAGAUCUGGGCUGCCACACAGGAACUAAAUUUCAAGAAGGAAGAACAAGAGAAAUACCGCAAGAAUGAGCAGAAACGUUGCUGCGAAGCAAAGCAAACGAUAUCAGAGUUUGCUUUACACUGCAGCUUUGAUGGUUGUGGAUUUACUGCUGUAAAUCAUGCCGGCGUUGUAAACCACCAGAGACAGAAACAUGGUCAGUCUCUGAAUAGUCAAUGUCAGUACUGUCACCAAACAUUCAGCCAACAAGGCCUCCACAACCACGAUCGAUCGUUCUGAUGUCAGAGAACAUCCACUCCUCCGAUAUAACCUAUGGUGACCUUGGCCUGCAUCGUUGCUCAUUGGAAUGA